GAGAGCCGGCAUAUUUUUCGCGUCUUUUUUUUGGUUGCUUCCGCAGUCGGCGGCUGCGUCUCGGCUGGUUUUAUUUAAUUUACUUUGAAAUUGUUUUGUAAUGUCAGACCGACUGCGACGUCGGCGUCGGCGGCGGCUUCGACAGCGCAACAAACGCCGCCCAAUAUAAAAGGCUAGACGUCUCGAGACGCAUACAUCAAACUCAUCUCAACGCUCUCGAGCUCAGCAGCAGACAGCAUCAGCGCCAGCUCCAGCAAGGAUUAAACCGUGUCGCGAUCCGACUUGAAUCUAAAACGAAACGAAAAUGAAAGUGUUUGCCAUCGCUUGUGUUACCCUCUUGGCGGCCGCCAGCUGUUCCUGGGCCGCUCCCAGUGUCCAAGACAACAGAAUCGAAAGUGAUAACACGCUCAGCAGGGCCGCCCGCUAUCUGGGUGCCUGUUUGGAGAGCGAUGACAUGGCCACCUGUCUGGCUGUCAAGGGCAUCACUGCCCUGAACCGUGCCGCCAGGAGCAACAACAUUGAGCUUGCCAGCGGUGUCACCUUCCAGAGAGAUCCUGCCAGUCCUAUACAGCGCAAUGGCAAGUCUCUCAGCGAACAGGAUAUCUAUGCGGAGCUGCCCCAGAACGCCGAGGAUCGCAAUGGACGCCUGGUCGAUCUGGCCAUUUCCAGCAUGACCGACUUCUUGUCCACCCACAACUUGGAGUUCAAGCUGCCCUCGGAGACCACCCAGCAGGUGGCCCGCGCUCUGGAUGAAGGUCGUGGCAAGAUCAAGAAGAUGAUUGGACCCAUUGCUCUGGCUAUUGGCGCUAAACUGUUCGCCGUCGUUCCUUUGGUCCUCGGAUUCCUCGCUCUGCUGACCUUCAAGGCCGUGAUUGUGGCCAAGCUUGCCUUCUUCCUGGCCAUCCUGGUUGGCGGCUCCCGUCUUCUGGGCGGAUUUGGUAACAAGCUCGGCGGUAACGCCAUCGGCGGUGGUUACAGCUCGAACGCCUGGUCUGCCCCUGCCAGUGCUGGCUGGAGCUCGGGUGCCUCUUCGUCCUAUCCCUAUGCACGCAGCAUCAACGAGGAGCAAGUCGAUGCCCAGCAGUUGGCCUACGCCGGACAGCAGCAGCAGUAAGCAGUCAGGAGUCAGGAGAGUAGCCGUGGAUGCCGUUGGUGCCACUAAUGUGCCUUUGUUUUGAAACCCCUUAGCAUGUAGUAAUUUAUUCGAUGAGUAAUUAACUAACUUAUUGUACAAGAGACAGCCGAACGCUUUUCACAGCAAGAAAAUAGUCAUUAUGAAUGUUUGAAUAAAACUAAAAGUAUUUCCCCAA